UUGAUUAGUUGAGUUUACUUUUACACAAAUCGCCUAUCUUUACUACAAUAAAGUACCACUGUACCUCAUUCCAAUCUUCUCCACUUACCAGUAUUGAUUGUUACAGGGACCGCAUCUUUCUAUGCAUAAAGUCCUAUAAAUUCAAUUGAAUAUUUGGGUAGUGUGUAGUAAGUGAACAUAGGAUCUAGAAUGGGUUUUCCUCAUUCUCCACAUCUAGUCUUGCUUUCAUGGGCUGUUUCUGCUCAUCUCUUUUUAGCUAUAGCACAAAGAUCCACCUACAUAGUCCAUUUGGACAAAACCUUAGUGCCUAAUGUCUUUGCUAAUCACCAUCAUUGGCAUUCUUCCAUCAUUGAUUCCAUCAAAGCUGUUGUUCCUUCAUCAGUGGACAGGUUUCACUCUGCUCCAAAACAUGUUUAUUCUUAUGACAAUGUGUUUCAUGGCUUCAGUGUUGUUUUGUCCAAAGAUGAACUGGAUGCUUUGAAGAAGUCACCAGGUUUCAUUUCAGCUUACAAAGAUAGAUCUGUGGAACCUUACACUACUUACACAUCUGAUUACCUCAAGCUCAAUCCUUCAUCUGGUCUAUGGCCAGCUUCUGGUUUAGGCCAAGAUGUGAUCAUUGGUGUUAUUGACACUGGCGUCUGGCCAGAAUCCGCGAGUUUCCGAGAUGAUGGUAUGCCUGAAAUCCCCAAGAGGUGGAAGGGAAUUUGCAAGCCAGGCACUCAGUUUAAUAUUUCAAUGUGCAACAAAAAACUCAUUGGGGCUAAUUACUUUAAUAAGGGAAUUUUGGCUAAUGACCCCACUGUGAACAUUUCCAUGAAUUCUGCGAGAGAUACUAGGGGUCACGGAACACAUUGCGCUUCCAUUGCUGCUGGGAACUUUGCAAAACGUGUCUCCCAUUUUGGAUAUGCAGCAGGAACAGCAAGGGGAGUUGCACCACGAGCUAGGCUUGCUGUGUACAAGUUUGGCUUUGACGAAGGAUACUUUGAUUCAGAUAUGAUUGCUGCUAUGGACCAAGCUGUUGCAGACGGUGUUGACAUGAUAUCCAUUUCUCAAGGGCACAGUCACAUUCCCUUGUAUGAAGAUCCGAUAUCAAUUGCUUCUUUUGGAGCUAUGAUGAAGGGAGUUCUAGUUACAGCUGCAGCUGGAAAUCGAGGUUUCAGUUUUGGAACUGUAGUAAAUGGAUCUCCAUGGAUCUUGUGUGUGGCAGCAGGCUACACUGACCGGACAUUUGCAGGAACUUUGACUUUGGGCAAUGGGUUAAAAAUUAGGGGUUGGACCUUGUUUCCAGCAAGAGCCUUUAUCAGGGAUAUAUCCGUGAUUUACAACAAGACUCUAGCCGCUUGCAAUUCAGAUGAAUUGUUAUCGCAAGUUCCUGAUCCCGAACGCACCAUCAUUAUAUGUGAUGAUAGUAAUAGUCCUAGUUGGGAUAUCUUUAGUCAACAAAAUUUCGUCUCUCGAGCAAGGCUUCUAGCAGGCAUCUUUAUUUCUGAGGAUCCAACAGUGUUCAGGGACACUCCUUUUUCCGACCCGGGAGUUGUGAUUGACAAAAAGAAAGGGAAACAAGUCAUCAAUUACGUUAAAAACAGCGUUGCUCCCACGGCCACCAUCACGUUCCAAGAAACGUACGUGGAUGAAGAAAAGCCAUCCCCAGUUCUAGCCGAGUUCUCAGGAAGAGGGCCCUCCAGAAGCUACUUGGGAAUUGCAAAGCCAGAUAUUAUGGCACCAGGGGUACUGAUUCUUGCAGCAGUUCCACCUAAUAUCUUUUCAGAAAGUAUUCAGAACAUAGGAUUAUCUACAGAUUAUGAGCUUAAAUCAGGCACAUCCAUGGCUGCUCCUCAUGUUGCUGGAAUUGCAGCAAUGCUAAAAGGCACACAUCCUGAAUGGAGUCCUUCAGCUAUUCGCUCUGCCAUGAUGACUACAGCAAACCCUUUGGAUAGUACUCAAAAGCCUAUCAGAGAAGACGAUAACAUGGGAACCACGCCCUUAGGGAUCGGAUCGGGGCACGUUGAUCCUAACAGGGCACUUGAUCCCGGCCUAGUAUAUGAUGCUACUCCACAAGAUUACAUAAAUCUUAUAUGCUCUAUGAACUUCACAGAAGAACAAUUCAAAACAUUUGCAAGAUCAUCAGCCAAUUACCACAACUGCUCAAAUCCAUCAGCAGAUCUCAAUUAUCCAUCAUUCAUUGCCUUGUACACGUCCAGCCAGGAGGGUAACUUCACCUGGUUGGACCAAAAAUUCAAGAGGACCGUUACGAACGUUGGUGAAGGUGCAGCUACUUAUAAAGUAAAAAUAAAGACUCCGGCGAAUUCCACAGUUUCAGUGUCACCACAAACGUUGGUGUUCAAGAAGAAAAAUGAGAAGCAAAGCUAUACUUUGACAAUUCGCAAUAUAGGUGAGAUGAAUUUGAUUAAAUUUGGGUCUAUCACUUGGGUUGAAAAGAAUGGCAACCAUUCAGUAAGAAGUCCAAUAGUGCUAAGUCCUGGAACUGCACCCUGGGGUACAGAUGAUUAGGACAAUCACAUUAUGAGAAAGUUUUAAGACAUUUGGAAUAAAUUAUGUAUGCUCCAGAAGCAACUUAGGACAAAUGUUUUAUGGUAUGUUACUUUAUCAAAAAAAAAAAAAAAAAGAGAAAUGUUUUAUGGUUUCUAGUUUCUACAACAUAAUAUCCUAUUCGAAA